CGCAGGCACAGAAGGUGAGGUCUGCGGCAGGACGGACCCCGGGACUGCCCAGAAUAGUCACUCAGAACAACCAGGCACAAUGGGGAGGAAAAAAAUCCAGAUCUCCCGCAUUCUAGACCAAAGGAACAGGCAGGUGACAUUCACCAAGCGCAAGUUCGGGCUGAUGAAGAAGGCUUAUGAGCUGAGUGUGUUGUGUGACUGCGACAUCGCGCUGAUCAUCUUCAACAGCGCACAGCGCCUCUUCCAGUAUGCGAGCAGCGACAUGGAUCGGGUGCUGCUCAAAUACACUGAGUACAGCGAGCCGCAUGAGAGUCGCACCAACGCGGAUAUUCUGCAGACACUGAAGAGAAGGGGCAUGGGCCUGGAUGGGCCUGAGCUGGAGGUGGAGGAGGGGCCAGAAGGGCCUAGAGAGAAGCUACUGAGGACGCUGGGAGGCGACAGAAGCUCGGCUUCGCCCCUGCCUCUGCUCUACCCGGUGGCCCCUGCGAUGUCGGUCUCAGAGUUGUCAUACCGGGUCCCACAUACCCCUCCUGGCUGCGACCCCAGCGGGCUGGGGGAGGCACCAUCUGUCCAUAGCCGCCCUCCCCACUUUCGACCCCCGGGCCUGGGACACCCCAUCUUCUCUCCGAGCCACCUCGCCGGCAAGACUCCCCCACCCCUGUACCUGGCGACUGAUGGGCGGAGGACAGAUCUGCCCGCGGGCCUAGUUGGGGCCCGAGGGGGACUGGGCACCUCGAGGAACCUGUACAGCGGCCUGCAGGGCUCCAGCACUGCCCCGGGCCCGGCUCUGGGGAGCUUUGCCUUCCUGCCAACAGGUUCCGCAGAUUGCACCCCCGGAGACACCGCUCCGCUCCCCCUACAGUCUUUGCCCUGGCCCCAGACGAGGGACGCCUUGGACGCGGGCCGGCCAGGCGCCCGCAGCCUGUGUGAGGAGGGUCCCCCCAGCCGAGUGGCAUCCCCUCCGACGCUCCCGAUCAGCAUCAAAUCUGAGCGUCUGUCUCCCGCCACUGGGGCCUCUGGCGACUUCCCCAGGUCCUUUCCCUAUCCUCUGCUCCUCGCCAGGCCCUUGUCGGAGCCACUGCGGCCCGCGGCUUCCUUGUGCCGCCGCUUGACCCCCGACAGCUGGCCACGGUAGAAUACAGAAGACUCCUCUCCAGCCUCCACAGAGAUCCCACAGUCUCGAGUUCCCUGCACAGCCCAUCACCCGUGAGGCACUGUUCCUUCCUGCAGCUGGCUGCUGCAUCAAUAAAGCCCCUUGCUCGGCAGGGCAGGGCAGGGC